ACCAAUGCGGAACAGUCACUCUCAGCAAGGGCUCGUUCAGCGGACAGUUCUCUGAUUUUACUGACGCUGGCUCCCGUGGCACCGCAAGCAGGACCAAGACGCAGACGAGAGGCACGGGGCCUGGGAGGACGAUGCUACGCGGAAAGUCCCGGCUCAACGUAGGGUGGCUAGGCUACUCGCCCGGCCUGCUCCUGGAGAAAGACACGCUCGCGGAGGCACGGACACCAAGGAGCACUCGCGGAAAUGAAAACUCUUUAGCUUCAACCCUCAAGACACUCCUGUUCUUCACAGCUUUAAUGAUAACAGUUCCUAUCGGGUUGUAUUUUACAACUAAAUCCUAUGUAUUUGAAGGUGCCCUCGGAAUGUCCAAUAGAGACAGCUACUUUUAUGCUGCAAUUGUUGCUGUUGUUGCUGUUCAUGUGGUUCUGGCCCUGUUUGUCUAUGUGGCCUGGAAUGAAGGCUCACGACAGUGGCGUGAAGGCAAACAGGAUUAAAGUGAACAUCACCUUUUGAUAGCAUGAAAUUUAUUUUUUGAAUAUGUUAAGUACUUCUGGGAUAUAAAUAAAUAAAUGCAUUUUGUUUGAAUAAAGUUGAAAGAACAUGUUAAAAUCAGUCUUAAGGAGUCAGUCACAUUUGGCUAAAUUUUGACCCAUCCAAUAAUAUGGUCACUUUGAAUUUUUAAUCUCCAUUUGCAAAUGAAAGUUUGGUAAAGUUAAGUAGGUAUAAAUGUAUAUGUUAAGAGAGUUAUAUCUUAUCCUAGAAAGAAUUUAAUUACAACAACAAAAAUGUUUAGCAAUUUGCCUUAUAAUUGCUUUUUAGUUUUAUUUAUUUGGGUAGAUUAAGAAAUACUUAGUGAAGCAAAUCUAAAUUUCCUUUUUCACUGGAGGACUUCCUGGAAAAUACCAGGCCCUUGGAUUUGAGAUUCUAAUUUCCUGUGGAAAGCUACCAAAAUUGUAGGCAGUGUAGUUAAUCUAAAUGUCACUGAGGAAGGAUAACUCUCACAUUCCAUUAUAAUGGGGAAAGUUACUGAAAUCACACCCAUUCAAACAAAGGAUUGAGGAUUACUGAGGCAAAGAAUUGAGCUUACUGUCAGUAUUGUGAUUAUCCUACUAACAUUUUGCCGCAUUUUUCUUUGAUAUUAGGCUUCAAUUGCAAAGUUUAUCAAAGUCCCAUUUAGUGUGUCAUCCUACUUUAAAAUAGAUAGUAUAUGAUAGAAUGCCAAACCGGGUGACAGUGGUGCAUGCCUUUAAUCCCAGCACUCAGGAGGCAGAGGCAGGCAGAUCUCUGAAUUUGAGGCCAGCCUGGUCUACAGAGCGAGAUCCAGGACAGGAAAACCAAAAAAAAAAAAAAAAAUAGAAUGCCAAAAUGUUCAGCUUUCACAUACUGAGAGUGUAUACAGUCUUAAAAACAUCACAUUUCUUAAAGGGUAUUCUUGUAAGGUUUUUUUGUUGUUGUUAUUGUUGUUUUUAAUCAGAGCUAAGUUACAUCCUAUAUUUAUAGAUAGUCUUUCAAGUCUUUUUUGAUGAGAACACCCCAGCCCCAGAAAAAAAGCCCAAUUACCUUGCUUUAGUACCUUCAGUCUAUGGUCAGAUAAACCACUUGGUACUGUGUAUAUGCAAUCUAAAAAUGCUGUCCCCCAAAUAUUUAUUUUUUAUUAAAAGUUCAUAAUAUAUUUUCUGUAAAGCACUGGAAAAAUACAAUAGCAAGAAAAUAAAAAUUCAGUAGUUUAGUUCACGACCCCUGCGCAAUAUUGAAAGAUGUUUCUUAAUGCUGGUUCCAUACACACUACAAUCUUGGUUUAAGUUUAGGUCUUGCCAACUUCACCAAAGAGCUGUUUGCAGUUUUUCAGAUACAUGAUAAAUUGCCCAUUGUCUUACAAAUCACAUUCUAUCUUUAGUCUUCUAAAAUUCACAUUUCGAUGUUUUUAACAAAAAAAUUUGAGAUGAAAACUCAGUAUAAAUACUGUAUAGUAUGUGCAUAUAUCAAAAUAUUACAGGGCACUCCAUAAGCAUGUGUGCUUUUUGAUUUUAUGUAUCAGUUAAAUUUAAUUGUAAAAAUGAAGAAAGUUCAAAUACCUGUUAAUGAUAAUCCUAAUAUAAUGAAUGGCCCCUGCCUAAAUGUUUGCCAUUACUGAUUUGUUUGCUGUUAUUUUAUGCUGUGGAACUAGACUAGAGGAAUAGAGAGGUGAUUAGACAUAAAGAUAAGUGUUUGUGUUAUAUUAUUAUUGCGAUAAACAUGUUAUUAAAGGAUUGUUCUUAAUUCUUGAAUUUAACUGUUGUAUGUAGUUUGUAUUUAAAAGUGAGUAUUCUAAAUAUAAGGGUCUUUAUUUUGUAAAGAAUGCAAUUCUUAGUAUUACAAUAGUUGAGUCUCAGACAUUUGUGCUAGAUUUCUAGAUGGUUCCCUUAUGAGGUGGCUUAUUGUAUUUAGAAUGUCCACUCAGUUUAUUUUUAUAUAAUGCUGAGGUUUUUUCCUUGUACUUUAGGGAUCUUGUACUGUUUGUAAAAUACACUGUUGGGUUAUUUUAUUUGAUUUCAAACAUUGCUAACUAAGUAAUGGUAUAGGUCUUUUAAAAUACUUUAGCCAGGGAUACAUGUAAAUACAUUUAAUUUUUCCUUGGGAAUAAAGUACAAUGUGUUCAAACACUAAAAUCAAAUAUUCACAUCAAUACUUAGAAUUAACUACAGAAUAGAUUUGUUUUCAGAGCUGUUAAUUGUUUCCAAGGAUUUUGACUGCUCAUGAGUUUGCUGCUGUUAGCUACGUUAAUGAAUGUGGUAUUCGACAAAUAGACAUGUUUUCAAGGUAUCUAACUAGUUUCCUCUUGCACAAAGUACAUAUUUCAUGUGUUAGAAGAAAAGCUACAGUUGAACUGUUAAGUGUUUUCCGGCAGGAAUAUGUUCACUGAUGUUCAAAACCUGAUUGUAAUAGUAAUCUCAUUAGGGAAUAUAACUUGAAGUUUCAGUGCAAGCUACUGAUUUUACCCUAUUUUCUGUAACAAUGCCUUCCUCACCUGAUUUGCCUCCUAAAGAAUCUUUUCUUCCAUUACUGAAAAAAUGGAAAUCUGCUGUAAGAUGCAUCUGGUAUCAUUCAUUCUUCAAAUGUCUGCCAUUUCACAUGUAACAUUAGCAUUCUGGUUUGUAAUGAUAGUAAAUAACUGGGUGUUUCAUGGGGAUCUAAUAGUAAUUAUAAUAACUUAAAAGUUUACAUCAGAAAAGUUAUAUUGAGCCAGCUGUGGUGGCAUAUGCCUAUACUUCUAGUAUUUGGUAAGCAGGUACAGGAGGAUCAAAAGUUUAAGACCACUCUGGGGCUGCACAAGACCCUGUUUCAAAACAAGACCCUAUAAAACCAAAAAAAAAAUGGCUUUAUUAAAAGAAGCAACCAAUGGUCUUGUAUUUAUUUUCAUAUAAAUCUUAUGUAGACAGGACAUUCAAACAGGUCAGUAAAAGUAUUUAGACAAGUAAGAUGCACCCAAGGAAGGCUAAAACUAAAGUUAUAUGAAAGGAUUGGAAGUGUUUUACUUAUAUCUACUAUAUCUCCAGACAGUUUCAUAUUUAGUGCCUACGCAUAGCAAAUUUUUAGACUUGUUUGGCCCAUUUGAUAAUUAGUUCAAUGAUGGCACAGUAUUUGUCACUUGCUUUAGGUCAAUGGCAGGUUUCUUUACUCUUGAGUGUUCUGUCGUUCACUAGGGAAAUACACAACCAUUUAGAUUCUACUCCUAGCUUUUAAGUUCAUUUUCACCAGAGUUGUUCUCAAGUGCCCUCUGAUAGCUUCACAAAAGUUUUUUUUUUUUUCCAGGGGGAUGGAGUUACCUUAAAAAUAAAUUACUCUCGGAGACGUUGGGAAACUACCUAUCAAUGCAUAACCUCUGAAUAGCUUAACCCUUUAUUCCAUACAAAAGUCCAGAGUCUCUCCAUAUCACUGCCGGCCACACUUACACUUGUGUUAAUUGCUAUGUGUGCUUGAAGUAUCGUUUCCUUUUAAGAUGUUCUGUAAGUCAUAUUGUCAGUUAUACAAUCUAGUCUUCCUUCCACGUUUGGUGAAAUCUCACUGAACAGGAAUAAUAGCAAUAGCUAACAACAUCUGCACAGCACCUUACAGUUUGCAAAGAACGUUCACAUAUUCUUGUCUUGAGUUUUGCGUAGUGAACAUGUUACAGAGAUGUCCCUUGAUGUCAUUCUGAGUGUUAGAAUUUCCAGUCACCAAUGUCACUAGCCAUGCUAUGGCUGCUGACUGGGGUAGGGGUGGGGGUGGGGGUGCCAAUGUGCUGUUUGUAAAGCUUGUGUCAUCACAAUGGGGCCUGCAUUUCUUAGCCACUUGCAUCAGACUGACUUGUUAAGUGAUGCUUUUUUAAUCUUUACCUGAAUGGGUUUUGUAUUCAGUAUAUCGUAGCCUGUAGUUUGUAUUAAUUUACGACUUGUCAUUAAAAAAAGUAUCUGUAAUGUUA